GUAACAGAGCCCAGAUCACCUCUUUGUUUCUCCCUCAGACAAAACUGGAGGAUCGGUGGAAAAUGGAGCGCUGGUGGCUGUGGAGCUUUUUAAUACUGAGUCAAGUUUGUGACUUGAGUGCGGCUGGAGCUUCAGGCAAGCAGUGGAAGAAAAUAAGAGAGAAGAUUUCUGAUGCCGUUAAAGGGUAUAUUCCAUGCAACCCUGUCAACUGUAGCUGCCAUAUAAGUGUCCUACAACAUGACUUACAGCCCUUUAAAGGAGGAAUCUCUGAGAAUUUCAUGGCUGCUACAGUCAAGAGAGGCGUGGGCACUCACUACCAGAUCAUUGGACAGAAGCUGUACAGAGAGAACAGCUGUAUGUUCCCUGCUCGGUGCAGCGGGGUGGAGCAUUUCAUACUGGAUGUGAUUGACAGAUUACCGGACUUGGAGAUGGUAGUAAACGUCAGGGAUUACCCCCAAGUCCCAAGCUGGGUUCAGCCAACCCUCCCAGUCUUCUCUUUCAGCAAGACCUCAGACUAUCAGGACAUCAUGUACCCUGCAUGGACGUUCUGGGAGGGUGGACCUGCUGUGUGGCCCAUUUACCCCACUGGACUGGGGAGAUGGGAUCUGAUGAGAGACGACCUUAAAAAGUCUGCAGGCCAGUGGCCCUGGAAGAAGAAGGAGUCUAAAGGAUUCUUCAGAGGCUCCAGAACCAGUCCAGAGCGCGACCCUCUGAUCCUUCUGUCCAGAGAAGCUCCAGAGCUGGUGGAUGCAGAAUACACCAAGAACCAGGCCUGGAAGUCUGAGAAGGAUACACUUGGGAGACCCCCAGCCAAAGAAAUCCCCCUGAUCGAUCACUGCAAAUACAAGUAUUUAUUUAACUUCAGGGGAGUGGCAGCAAGCUUUCGCCUCAAACAUCUCUUCCUCUGUGGUUCCUUGGUGUUCCAUGUCGGGGAUGAAUGGCAGGAGUUCUUUUACCCUCAGCUCAGGCCUUGGGUUCACUACAUACCUGUAAAGCAGGAUCUCUCUGAUGUCAGGGAGCUGCUCCAAUUUGUCAAAGAGAACGAUGACAUCGCACUGGAGAUCGCCACGAGGGGUAAGGAAUUCAUCCUAAACCACUUACGAAUGCAAGAUGUGUCCUGCUACUGGGAGAGACUCCUAUCCGAGUUCAGCCAGCUUCUCACCUACAAGCCCCAAAGAAGGAACAGCUACAAACAGAUCAUCCACAGACCCGCUAAAACGGAGCUAUAAGACGGGGACUGUGGGGGACCAGGGCAGCUGUAGUGAAGGGAAACUUCAGAUCCUGAAUGUAAAUGUUAGUUUAACUUAAAUAAUACAAGGCCUCAAGUUUUAAGACAAGUUUUGUUUAUUUCCGUGGAGCACAUGCGUCUUCACAGGACUAACACUGAGAGGGCACCAAGUUUAGCGUACGGCCGGAGGAGUGGUUAUCUGUGGAAGCGGCCGUUUCCUAUUUUACAUUUUGCUUCCGGAUAUGAGCCCUAGAAAAUGAAAGGUCUCAUAUUGUGCCCCUUUUCAGCAAAUUAAUCAAAGCCUUACAUUUCUCUACACUGUGUUUUUCAGUUCAAGAAAGUGCAAACAUGGUUCAUUUCACUCUGUCUAAGCCGUGGUUUUAGGGCUGUUCUCAACGUUCAGUUUUUCUCAGAAAAGCACUGAGCUGCAGUUGUUCCGGCCCUCUUCAGGAAAAACAUGCUGAAUGAUGGCUGAAACUGUCACAGAGCACUUGGGUUGAAUUCUUCCUGGCUUGUAAAUCUUGUGGGCAGAAGUUCACGUCUUCAUAGCUAUUUUGCACCUCCUAGUUUAUAACAACAACAAAACACAGGGAUUCUCACCAUAUGGGACCUUUAAAGUUGGUGGCGUGCCCUUUGUGUGGAUCAGUAAAAAUAUUCUCCCAAGGAAUCUUCAUUUCAUUCAUUCAAAUGCAAUCUGCCCCAGUCCAAGUAUUAUCAAAGUAGUGGCCAUAACUCACAGGAUAUUUAAUGAUAGGUACAUAGAAUAUGUGAUGCUUAAGGAUCAGAACUACUGUUGUGACAGAUAUUAUAAGCUGGAAGUUGCAUUCAGCUGUGUCACUUUUGCAUUUCUCGAUGGGGUUUGAUAUUUUUUCAUGGUUCCAAGUAGUUUCCUUUCAUACCAUGAGCAGUAAGGCAAACGUAGAGUUCAUUGAAGACAUGGCUUACUACACUGCCCUCUCCUGGACGACUGGAGAAAGUCCAGCAAACGUUUAACCAGGUUUGAUUGCAACAAAUCUGCAUUUGUAUGUGACCUGCCCAUCAGUGUCAUUGCUUGAAAUAAAAGAAAAUGAAAUUUCCUUUCACACAGAGUGCCAACAGUAAGCAAUAAUGUUCAGAGUAACACAUUGUUUUACUCAUUUGUCUGAAGUUUCCAAGAAACACACUUGUUAGUGGACUUUACCUCUUCAAAGGAAUCAGUCUUGAUAUUCAUAGAUGACAGAUGGUAGAAUUGUAACAGGGUCAUGUUGAAUAUGUUGUAGUAUUCACAUUGUACUAUCAGUAGUUUCUUACAAAUGUUAUUUUUUUCUACUACUGUUGCAAACUGUGGCCCAUUAGUGUACUGAUUUGACCAAAAAGCUGUGAUCAUUCAGGUUGUUGUCAUAGCUUAUGCAGCAUUUUUUUUUUAUCCAAAUAAACUUGUUACAAACAUUCUAAA